AUGGUAAAUUUAAGCAAACGAGUGUUUUGGCAUUUUACAUUUAAAGACAUACUGACUAUUCUAUGCUCAGCUGCUAUACCCAUAGCUCUUGCUAUUUAUACUACAAUUGGGUCUCAACAACAAAAACGAGAAGCUGAAAGAACACGACAGUUUGAUUUGGAACAAGCUGAAAAAAUACGGCAGUUUGAUUUAGAACAAGUUGAAAAAUUAAGACAACGAACACUUUAUGAUGAAUUUAUAAAUAAUAUUUUUAAAUUGGAUAAUUAUGGUUAUCUCAAUGACACAAAAAAUCCAUGGGCAUUUGCAAAUGCAUAUUAUCGUGCUGCUCAUCGUCAAUGGGAUACAAUACGUAAGGCAGAUAUUAUACAAUUUUUGAAAGAAAAACAACUAAUUGGCAGAAAUAAUUGUACUAGUGGAUGUAGAACCACCGAAUUAGAUGAUAUAAUCCGCUUGAAUGAAUUAAACUUUGAUAAUGUACAUUUAGCAAGUGAAACUGGUGUAUUAAAUAAGUUGAAUUUACAAUGUGUGUCUUUUGAUCAGGUAUCAAUGUCAAAUGCAGUAUUUUCAUUUGCUAGUUUAAACGGUGUAUCAUUUGAUGGAGGACGGUUGGAUAGCGUUAAAUUUGAUGGUUCAUCUUUACUUUGUGCUAGUUUUAAUGGUGUAAAUCUGUCGGGAGCAGAUUUUGGAAAUUCAAAUCUGGCCGGUGCACACUUUUCAAACAGUGAUUUGUCAGGGGCUAAAAUAACGGAUGAUCAAAUAAAACAAGCAUAUUUUCAUAAUGUAAUUAUGCCAAACGGAAAGAAGAGUGAAAUUAAAUCGACAACAACAACAACAAAAAAACCUAUAACACGAACAACAACAAUAAUAAAAACCGAAAUGUCAGCAACAACAUCAACAUCGUCGUCAUCGUCAUCGUUAACAACGUCGAAAACAACAACAGUAACAGCAAUAACAACAACAACGUCAAUCGCAUGGAAUAUUGAAUUUCUUAAUCAAACUACUUACGCAGUUGGUGCAAAUCCAAUGGGAGUGGUAGUAGCCGAUAUAAACAAUGACAAUAAACCUGAUAUUAUUGCUACAAAUGCUGGUUCAAACUCUGUCAGUGUUCUUCUGAAUACAGGCAGCGGUACUUUUUCUCCUCAAAUUACUUACUCAGUUGGUGCAUAUCCAGUGGGAGUUGCAGUAGCCGAUGUAAAUAGCGACAAUAAACCCGACAUUAUUACUGCAAAUGCAAAUUCAGGCACCGUCAGUGUUCUUCUUAACAUAGGCAACGGAACUUUUUCUCCUCAAACUACUUAUACAGUUGAUAAAUUUUCAUGGUCAGUAGCAGUAGUUGAUGUGAACAGCGACAAAAAACUCGAUAUUGUCACUGCAAAUGAUGUUUCAAACACCAUCAGUGUUCUUCUCAACAGAGGCAAUGGCACUUUUUCUCCUCAAACUACUUACGCAGUUGGUUUACGCCCAUUUGCAGUAGCAGUAGCUGAUGUAAACAAUGACAACAAAUCUGAUAUUGUCACUGCAAAUAGAGAUUCAAACACCACCAGUGUUCUUUUCAACAUCGGCAAUGGCAUUUUUUCUCGUCAAACUAAUUACUCAGUUGGUUCAUCUCCAUGUGCAGUAGCUGUAGCCAAUGUGAACAACGAUAAUAAACUGGAUAUUGUCACUGCAAAUAGUGGUUCGAAUACAAUCAGUAUUCUUCUCAACACAGGCAACGGCACUUUUUCUCCGCAAGCUACUUACCCAGUUGGUCGAGCUCCACACUCAGUAGCAGUAGCCGAUGUAAACAACGACAAUAAAUUCGAUAUUGUCACUGUAAAUCAGGGUUCAAACACCAUCAGUGUUCUCCUCAACGUAGACACUGUCAAUUUUGCUCCUCAAGUUACUUACGCAGUUGGUUCCGAUAAAUGGUCAGUAGCAGUAGUUGAUGUGAACAACGACAAUAAACCCGAUAUUGUCACUGCAAACCACGGUUCACACACCAUCAGUGUUGUCCUACAGUCUUAA